CCUCUUCUCCACUGUCACUCACAAAGUCACAAGACACAAGCGGUUUGGCACUGAUCACUCACCCACCUCCUCACAGGGCACCAGGAGCAGGCACGCAGCUAGCAGAAUUCUGGUCACUGAAGGUGGUCGAUUUUGUGGCGCUUUGUGAGCCUGCUGGUAAGUGUGUUCUGGCGCAUGCGUAGUUGCAUGCCGCCCAUGGCGUGCGGUGCCACGGGGACGGGGGAGUGCACGGGUAGCUUCUCUUCCGUGAGCAGCACGGUGGAGGGGCUGGGAGAGGAGUUCCGGCUGCCGUACCACGGCAAGCCGCCGUUCCUGGCCGGAAGCCCGCCGGAGAUCCGUGAAGACGACGGCGAUCUCCGGCUCGUGAUUGCUGGCACCUCCGACUCGCUGUCCACCCCGCCGGCUGCGACCAAGAAGAAGAAGAAGCGAAGCCUUCCCGGGACUCCAGACCCGAGCGCGGAGGUGAUCGCGCUGUCGCCGCGGACGCUGAUGGCGACGAACCGGUUCGUGUGCGAGAUCUGCCACAAGGGCUUCCAGCGCGACCAGAACCUGCAGCUGCACCGCCGCGGCCACAACCUGCCGUGGAAGCUCCGGCAGCGCGGCGCCGAGGGCGGGGCGGCGCCGCGGAAGCGCGCGUACGUGUGCCCCGAGCCGGCGUGCGUGCACCACGACCCCCGGCGCGCGCUGGGCGACCUCACCGGCAUCAAAAAGCACUUCUGCCGCAAGCACGGCGAGAAGAAGUGGAAGUGCGACCGCUGCGCCAAGCGCUACGCCGUGCACUCCGACUGGAAGGCCCACGCCAAGGUCUGCGGCACCCGCGAGUACCGCUGCGACUGCGGCACCCUCUUCUCCAGGAGGGACAGCUUCGUGACGCACCGGGCCUUCUGCGACGCGCUGGCGCAGGAGAACAGCAAGCUGGCGCAGCCGGCCAUGAACAUGGCCACGGUGGCCUCGGCGCUCCAGGGCCAGCAGCACGCUCACCACCACAACCUCAUGCUGCCGUCCACCCACGCCGAUGACCUCGACAUGGACGCCGACGAGGCCUCCGCCUUCGAGCCGGACAUAAAGAGCCCGCACCUGAAGAUGUUCUCCGACUACGACGCCGACGCAGCCGACGCCGACAACCCGCUGGGCUGCAUGCUGUCCAGCCUCGGCGCCGCUCCGUCGGCCUUCAGCCCGAGCAGCAGGCUGAGCAUGCUGGGCCUGCAGGCAGGGCCGAGCGACGCCGCCUCCAUGGGCGGCUGCUACUCCCCGGGCAACGGCGGCCUGGCGAGCAUGUCCGCCACGGCGCUGCUGCAGAAGGCGGCCCAGAUGGGCGCGACGACGUCGAGCGGCUACGGCGUGAGCUUCACCCCUGGCCACCCGGGCCUCGCGUCCACCAUGGCCGCGCUCGACCGCUUUCCUUGCACCGGGGGGCCGUUCGGGGGGCCGACGAGAGCCUUCGGCGCGUACGACGGGGUGGUCGGGUUCGGCGUCGGCGGGCUGAUGCCUGGCCAGCUCUACAACGACGGGGCCAACGGCGGCACCACAAGGAACGCUGGACCGGCGGUCAGCGGCGCGGACAACCCAAUGGACGAUGAGCGCCGGCGAGCCGCCGCCGGCGACGACGUGCGCGUGGUGGAUUACAUGGGCGUCGAGCACCAGAGAACAAGCUACGGUAGCGUGAGUAGCGCCAGCCCGUUCGCGGAUUACACGGGCCCGUGGCCCUAGGGUCGGCCUUCUAAUUCGAGACUUCAGCACGAUUGUGUACUGUUAUCUGAUGAAUCUACAAGAGAUUUCUUCUA